CCCUGCGCCCCAGCUCCCGAGCCCCCGCCCCCUCGCGGUCUCCGCCUCCUUAGCUCACACACCCCCCGGGCCACCGGAGCGCCAGGCCUAGCCGACGCUCCUCCUCCUCGUCACACUCGCCCUCCGACCCGGCCCUUCAAUCGCUCGCCGGCCUCGCUCCCUCCGGGGAGAGUCUGGUUCUCAGGUUCUCUACACACGCACACACGCACGCACACACACGCACACACUCGCGGGGCCGCCCCUUCCUCUCGGCCCUCCACCUUGUCGUCCUUGCUAACGCCGCGGUCAGGGGAGGAUUGAUGUCCCUUCAGCAUCAUGCAGCCGCCGCCGAGGAAGGUGAAGGUAACACAAGAAUUGAAAAACAUUCAAGUUGAACAGAUGACAAAACUUCAAGCCAAACACCAAGCAGAAUGUGAUUUACUUGAAGAUAUGAGGACAUUCAGUCAGAAGAAGGCUGCUAUUGAGAGAGAAUAUGCACAGGGCAUCCAGAAGUUGGCCAGUCAGUAUCUGAAGAGAGAUUGGCCUGGAAUAAAAGUUGAUGAUCGAAAUGAUUACAGGAGCAUGUAUCCUGUUUGGAAAUCUUUUCUCGAGGGAACAAUGCAAGUAGCUCAGUCCCGGAUCAAUAUGUGUGAAAACUAUAAAAACUUCAUUUCUGAGCCUGCAAGGACAGUGCGAAGCUUAAAAGAACAGCAACUUAAGAGGUGUGUGGACCAGUUGACAAAGAUUCAAACUGAAUUACAAGAGACAGUGAAAGAUUUAGCUAAAGGCAAAAAGAAGUACUUUGAGACUGAACAGAUGGCUCAGGCAAUACGAGAAAAAGCUGACAUCGAGGCAAAAUCUAAACUUAGUCUUUUCCAAUCAAGAAUCAGUUUACAGAAGGCAAGUGUAAAGUUAAAAGCCCGGCGAUCUGAGUGUAAUUCCAAAGCUACCCAUGCAAGGAAUGAUUAUCUUCUUACAUUAGCAGCAGCAAAUGCUCACCAGGAUCGCUACUAUCAAACAGAUUUAGUUAACAUCAUGAAGGCUCUUGAUGGAAAUGUGUAUGAUCACCUCAAGGAUUAUUUAAUAGCCUUCAGCCGUACUGAACUAGAGACAUGCCAAGCUGUGCAGAACACAUUCCAGUUUUUAUUAGAAACCUCCAACAAGGUGGUACGGGACUACAAUCUUCAGCUGUUUUUGCAAGAGAAUGCUGUAUUCCACAAACCUCAGCCCUUCCAGUUCCAGCCUUGUGACAGUGACACUAGUUUAAAAGCCGCCCAACUGGUGGAUAUUGAGCUCUCCCCUGUCAGUGCUCUGAGAAUGACCAUAGCUGAGAGCCGACAAUUAGAAUCAGAAACUGGGACCACAGAGGAGCACAGUCUAAACAAGGAGGCUCGGAAAUGGGCCACACGGGUGGCACGGGAGCACAAAACUAUCAUUCACCAACAACGGGUUCUAGAUGAUCUGGAAUGUCAUGGAGUUGCUGUAUCAGAACAAAGCCGAGCAGAGUUGGAACAGAAAAUAGAUGAAGCUAGAGAAAAUAUUCGUAAAGCAGAGAUAAUUAAGUUGAAAGCUGAAGCCCGGCUGGACCUGCUUAAGCAAAUUGGUGUUUCUGUGGACACAUGGCUAAAGAGUGCAAUGAACCAAGUAAUGGAAGAAUUGGAAAAUGAGCGAUGGGCCCGCCUUCCUGCAGUGACCAAUAAUGGCACUUUACACUCGCUGAAUGCAGAUACUGAAAGAGAAGAGGGAGAAGAGUUUGAAGACAACAUGGAUGUUUUUGAUGACAGCAGCUCCAGCCCUUCUGGCACCUUAAGAAAUUAUCCACUCACCUGUAAAGUUGUUUAUUCCUACAAGGCUUCUCAACCAGAUGAGUUGACCAUUGAGGAACAUGAGGUGUUAGAAGUGAUUGAAGAUGGAGAUAUGGAAGACUGGGUAAAGGCUCGAAAUAAAGUUGGUCAAGUGGGUUAUGUGCCAGAAAAAUACCUACAGUUUCCCACCUCGAACAGUCUGCUGAGCAUGCUACAGUCCUUGGCUGCUUUGGACAGUCGGUCACACACAUCCAGCAAUUCCACGGAGGCCGAACUCGUUUCAGGCAGCCUCAACGGAGAUGCCAGUGUCUGUUUUGUGAAAGCACUUUAUGACUAUGAGGGCCAGACAGGUGAUGAGUUAUCAUUUCCUGAGGGAGCAAUCAUCCGAAUUUUGAACAAAGAAAACCAGGAUGACGAUGGCUUCUGGGAAGGGGAAUUCAAUGGGCGGGUUGGAGUUUUCCCAUCGGUGCUAGUGGAAGAACUUUCAGCGUCAGAAAAUGGCGACACUCCGUGGAUGAGAGAGAUUCAGGUCUCACCUUCUCCCAAGCCGCCUGGCUCCCUGCCCCCACUGCCACUGUAUGACCAGCCUCCCAGCAGCCCUUACCCCAGCCCCGAUAAGAGGAGCUCCCAGUACUUCCCGCGUUCUCCUUCAGCAAAUGAAAACAGCUUCCAUGUGGACUCGCCAGGAUUGUCACAGGCAACAAGGCACACUCCUGAGACCUCGUAUGGCAAACUACGACCUGUCCGAGCAGCUCCUCCUCCACCUACACAGAAUCACCGAAGGUCAGCCGAGAAGAUUGAAGAUGUGGAAAUCACACUGGUGUGAUGACAGCCUUGCCUGUGUAUUAGUACUACAAUCAAGGCCAGGCUCGGAGUUUGGUCAGUCUUGUGUUUUAGGCACCUUUGCAUGAGGAUGACUCUUGAACAGAGCAAAAACAUGGAGGAUUAUAUGUGACUGGGUGGCCUGGUGGACUCCUCCCACAUUUUGAAUAUUUUGUGCCUUUUUUUGUUGUCAUUUUCUAUGUCAUCUCUCCUACCAUAGCACAAAUCCUAGUGGACCCUGGAAGCAAAGAAGGGGACAUGCCUAACAGUGGUCCACGUUUGUAUGAGACUCAAGACCAGGCCUGUUCAGGACACAGUCACAGAGACUGAUCAUGUGCACUCGUACAGUAUAUUACUGUGGCCACAGGACGUGGCAGAGAUUCUCAGCUUUCUUCAAGUGACUUUUGCUCAUCUAAUUGAGUUGAAUCAGAUCACGUUGGCUACAUAAAGCAGCAGAUAGAGGGAUUUCAGGUGAGGCUGGCUCCUCCCCACAGUUAGUCCCCAGACUGAGAAAGUGAAAUCUUAUUCAUAAAAAAGUGGACUGCCCUGACUUUAGCGCCAAUUGCAUUAAUACAUCUCUCUUCCACAACUAACAGAUUUAAAACAGUAACAGUGUCCUUUGUAUUAAUAUUUAUGCCAUUCAUUUAGAAUUAGUGGAGCUAAUAUGGAGGGGCUGAACUAGAAGCCAAAUCUUGUCCAUCAUAUAGACUAGUAGAAAGGAGGCUUAUGGCUGCAGCAGAAAUGGAGCUUCCAAGUCUGAUAUGAGCCAGUUUAAUGUUCUUUUUGUAUUUGGGUAUUUUUCAUCUUAAUUUUUGCAGCAUAUACUCUUCUGACUGGUAUCCUUAGAAUUUGAAUGUCUAUACAUUGAGGACACACUUGCAUUGUGCUGAGCUUCUCUACUGGGAAGCUCCUAGUAUUUUAUUAGCAUUAUUUUAUUCCCAAGCCAGUGCACUGGCCCCAAGAGCCAGGUUAUGGCAGGUACAGACCAGCAGCUAUCCUACCAUGAAAAAACGCAGCUUCCCAGACCCCAGUAACCUGACAUCUCCUUGGAAGAACCUGUGGUGUAUGAAGAAAACCAGCCUGUAUGAAAAAGAAGUUGCUCAAGUGCAAACUGAUGAAGGACAUCAAGUUCUCCAUGUCACGAGAGCCAGUAGGAGCUCUGUCCACAGCUAGCAGCUGGGGUUCCAAAGUGGGGCUCUGUCAGCUCUCCGCCUAUAGGGCACACCUGACCUAGGAACUAGGGAAUAUCUGCCAUUGCUUAUCUUCUUAAGAAAUCAAAUUUACGUAAGUUCAUCAAAAGUUGUAUUAUGCUUUGAAAAUUCCAUCCCUCCUAAGAAUCGCCAAAUGUCCCUGUGGGAUUUCUGACCAAAAGGAAGGUCACAGUUGAAGAAAUUUUCAGUUAGUCAUUUGAUCACUUCAGUGACAACCACCAUUGAUGAAUCUUCUCCAUAAUUUGGGGUUUUUUGUUUUGUUUCGCAUUUCUUAACCUGUUGAUCUAUUUGAGGUCUUUUGUGUUUAUCAAACUUAUUCUUAAGUUUAAAAAAGAAAUAGGGUGGUUUAUUUUUAAGAUUUUCAAGUUUGCCAGCAUGAUAAAAAUCUUUAAAGCAUUUUACCAGUUUUCAAAGUGCUAAUUAAAUCAGGCAUUUCUUGCCACCCAGUCUUGUAUUCUCUAGCCAGCCAAAUUGUCCUUGAAUCUGGGUUUUUCACGUUCUCAGAAGGUUAUUUGAAAUCUUUUGUUAUAUUUUAAAAUAUUUUUUGGAAGAGCUGCUAAUUUUAUUUUAAAAAAGUAAACAAAGUUGUAAAAAUAUGCCUCCUUUUUAAAAAGAAUCCCUCCCUCCAGGACAUGUAAUCCAGCAUCACAGUGCACAGUGCCAGGCUCACAGGGAGCAGCUCUGUGCAGAUGUGCUUUCUUUACAGUGGCUGUAAAAAGUUUGUAUUUAUUAUGUAUAAAAUGUUGAAUAAUAAAAAAAUGG